ACGGUUUGAGAACCGAGGAGUUCGAUGAUCUGGACCAAUUCAAGCAACCACAACAGCAGCAGACGCAGACCUGUUGAACAGUCAAUCUUUUCAGGGUGUUGUUCUGAUGUUGUCUUUUCACGGUGUUGUUCUGCCGCAGCGCUCCGCCCCCUGCUGACUGGGCCGUCCCUCAGUCCUCCAGACUGAAGUACAGACAGCUUUUCAACUCACACGAUAAGAUGAUGAGUGGACAUCUCACUGGUCCUCAGGCUCGCACCAUCCUGAUGCAGUCCAGUCUUCCUCAGAACCAGCUGGCCUCCAUAUGGACUCUGUCGGACAUCGACCAGGACGGGAAGCUGACGGCGGAGGAGUUCAUCCUGGCGAUGCACCUGAUCGACGUGGCGAUGUCGGGGCUGCCGCUGCCGCCGGCGCUGCCCCCGGAGUUCCUGCCUCCCACCUUCAGGCGUGUACGGAGUGACAGCGUCCAGUCGGACCAGAAGAGCGUCCAGGAGGAGGUGGAGGAGGAGUUGGACAGCAGCCAGGACAAGAAGCUCCCAGUGACGUUCGAGGAUAAGAAGAGGGAGAACUUCGAGCGGGGGAACCUGGAGCUGGAGAAGAGGCGGCAGGCUCUGCAGGAGCAGCAGAGGAAGGAGCAGGAGAGGCUGGCGGCUCUGGAGAGGGAGGAGCAGGAGCGCAAAGAGCGAGAGCGCCUGGAGCAGGAGAGGAGGAGGCAGCAGGAACUGGAGAAACAGCUGGAGAAGCAGAGAGAGCUGGAGCGGCAGAGAGAGGAGGAGCGGCGUAAGGAGAUCGAGAGGAGAGAGGCGGCGAAGCGGGAGUUGGAGCGCCAGCGGCAGCUGGAGUGGGAGCGGCAGCGGCGGCAGGAGCUGCUGAGCCAGAGGAACCGCGAGCAGGAGAGCAUCGUGCUGCUGAAGGCCCGGAAGAAGACGCUGGAGUUCGAACUGGAGGCUCUGAACGACAAGAAGACGCAGCUGGAGGGGAAGCUGAAGGACGUGCGUCUCCGCCUGUCGGCCCAGAGGAGGGAGGUGGAGCAGACGGACCAGAACCGCGAGAACCGCAUCGCCCAGAUCAGCCUGCUGCAGCAGCAGCUGCAGGACUCCCAGCAGUGGUUAGGACGGCUCAUCCCUGACAAACAGAGUCUGAACGAGCAGCUGAAACAGGUCCAGCAGAACAGCUUGCACCGUGACGGCCUGUCGACGGUCCAGAAGGCCGUGGAGCAGAAGGAGUCCAGCAGGCAGCAGCUCCGAGAGCAGCUGGACGCCGUGGAGAGAGAAACCAGAGCCAAGCUGCUGGAGAUCGACGCUUUUAACACCCAGCUCAAGGAGCUGCGGGAGAUCCACAGCCGGCAGCAGAGGCAGAAGCAGAAGGAUCUGGAGGCCGACACCCUCUGCCAGGCGGUGGGCGAGCAGCGGGAGAGCAGGGCGUCGGCGGAGGAGGGCGUGGCCUGGAAGAACGAACCGGGAAGCUCCGCCCCAAAAGCUUCGAGCCCCACCUCUGCCUCCGCCCCCCACGCCUGGUUAAACCGGGUGACUCAGGAAGAGGAGGAGAGGAAGAAGAGGGGGAAGGAGGAGGACGAGGCAGAGGAGGGGAGGAAAGGAGCGGGGCCGACGGACCUGAAAGACGACGAGGGCAAAGGUCAAACAGAAAUGCAGGAGAAACUCAACAAGCUGUUCAGUCAACCGGCCGAUCCCUGGGCCUCAGCAGGGGACACGGCUCCGCCUCCCGGUGUGUUUGAUCAGAAGAGUGCUGCCGGCGGCUCGGAGCAGCUGAAGGUGGUUUAUUACCGAGCUCUGUACCCGUUCGACGCCCGCAGCCACGACGAGAUCAGCAUCAGCCCCGGGGACGUGGUCAUGGUAAAGGGGGAGUGGGUGGACGAGUCUCAGACGGGCGAGCCGGGCUGGCUGGGCGGCGAGCUCCGAGGGCGCACCGGCUGGUUCCCGGCCAACUACGCCGAGCGGAUCCCGGACGGCGAGGCGCCGAUCAACCUGCGGGCCGCGGCCCCGGCCGCGGCCACGCCCGCCUCCGCCCGGCAGCCGGCGGCCACGCCCCCUCCGGCCCCGGGACACACCGCCGCCGCCUCCUCGUCUGCCGGCGGCAACUGGGCCGACUUCAGCACCACCUGGCCCGCCGCCGCCGCCGGCCAAUCGGACGGCGAGGGAUGGGACGCCUGGCCCACCUCUGCAGCCAACCAAAACCCGUCGCUGGGCGUUCCCUCGGCACAGCUCCGGCAACGCUCCGCCUUCACCCCCGCUACCAUGACGACAGGCUCCUCCCCUUCCCCGGUGCUAGGACAGGGAGAGAAGGUGGAAGGUCUGCAGGCCCAGGCUCUGUAUCCCUGGAGAGCCAAGAAGGACAACCACCUCAACUUCAACAAGAAUGAGAUCAUAACGGUGCUGGAGCAGCAGGACAUGUGGUGGUUGGGUGAACUUCAGACGGGACAGAGAGGCUGGUUUCCUAAAAGCUACGUCAAGCUCAUCUCGGCUGCCGUGACGGCGUCCGCCGGCGCCGCGGCGCGCAGCAAGAACGCCAGUGAAACCCCCGUUUCAGAAAGUCCUAAUGGAAAGCGCCCGUCCCCGUCCCCGACCAAACCCUCGGAGUCUGGAGAAGAAUACAUGGCCAUGUACACGUAUGAGAGCAGCGAGCAGGGCGACCUGAGCUUCCAGCAGGGAGACGUGGUCGUGGUGACCAGGAAGGAAGGCGACUGGUGGACCGGCGUGGUGGCGGGAAAGACCGGCGUCUUUCCAUCCAACUACGUCAAGCCUCGGGACUCGGGGUCAGAGUCUCUGGGAGCAGCAGGGAAGACCGGGAGCCUCGGGAAGAAACCAGAGAUCGCUCAGGUGAUCGCCCCCUACAGCGCCACGGGGGCGGAGCAGCUGACGCUGGCGCCGGGACAGCUCAUCCUCAUCAGGAAGAAGAACCCCGGAGGCUGGUGGGAGGGCGAGCUCCAGGCUCGAGGGAAAAAACGUCAGAUUGGUUGGUUUCCAGCCAAUUACGUGAAGCUGCUCAGUCCCAGCACCAGCAAGACGACCCCCACCGAGCCAACGCCACCCAAAAUGGCUGCAGCCGGCACAACAGCUGUGUGUCAGGUGAUCGGCAUGUACGACUACGUGGCUCAGAAUGACGACGAGCUGGCCUUCCAGAAGGGUCAGGUGAUCACCGUGCUCAACAAGGACGACUGUGAUUGGUGGAAAGGAGAGCUGAACGGGAGGGAGGGGCUGUUCCCUAGCAACUACGUCAAGCUGACCACCGACACCGACCCCAGCAUGCAGUGGUGUGCUGACCUCCACCUGCUGGACAUGCUGAGCCCGAUGGAGAGGAAGCGGCAGGGUUACAUCCACGAGCUGAUCGUCACCGAGGAGAACUACGUCAACGACCUGCAGCUGGUCACAGAGAUUUUCCACAAGCCUCUGUUGGAGUGUGAGCUGCUGACGGAGAAGGAAGUGGCCAUGAUCUUUGUCAACUGGAAGGAGCUCAUCAUGUGUAACAUCAAACUGCUCAAGGCUCUCAGAGUGAGGAAGAAGAUGUCAGGCGAUCGGAUGCCGGUGAAGAUGAUCGGAGACAUUCUGACCAACCAGCUGCCUCACAUGCAGCCAUACAUCAGGUUCUGCUCCUGUCAGCUGAAUGGAGCAACGCUGAUCCAGCAGAAGACUGACGACAACCCUGACAUCAAAGACUUCCUGAAGAGGUUAGCCAUGGACUCCAGGUGUAAGGGGAUGCCUCUGUCCAGUUUCCUGCUCAAACCCAUGCAGAGAGUCACUCGCUAUCCUCUCAUCAUCAAGAACAUCCUGGAGAACACUCCAGAGUCUCAUCCGGAUCACAGCCACCUGAAAGCUGCUCUGGAGAAGGCAGAAGAACUGUGUUCACAGGUGAACGAGGGUGUCCGGGAGAAGGAGAACUCGGACCGUCUGGAGUGGAUCCAGGCUCACGUGCAGUGUGAGGGUCUGUCAGAGCAACUGGUUUUCAACUCGGUCACCAACUGCCUGGGUCCCAGGAAGUUUCUGUACAGCGGCAAGUUGUUCAAGGCCAAGAGCAGCAAAGAGCUCUACGGAUUCCUGUUCAACGACUUCCUGCUGCUGACGCAGGUCAUUGGAUGA